GUCAAGUGUUAAGUCACGUGUUUCCGGGUUAGGAAAGCACUUCCUAACCCUCUGCUGUGUCAGUUAUUUAAAUUUAACGAAUGUGAGGCUCGUUUACCAGCUAAAAAAACAGGCUUUACAAACAUGGAAACUGAAGAAGUCGCAGCUGAAAUACCUGCAGAGCCACCAACCGAAGAGAAAGAUAACAAAGAGCCCGCAUCAGGUACAGACAUUCAGGACCCUGCAACAGACGAAAAGAUUCAGGACCCUGCAACAGACGAAAAGAUUCAGGACCCUGUAGCAGACAACAGCAUUCAGGACCCUGCAACAGACAACAAAGAAGAGAAAGUUGCAACAGACAAUAAAGAAGAGAAGGUUGCAACAGACAAUAAAGAAGAGAAGACUGCAACAAACAAUAAAGAAGAGAAGGUUGCAACAGAAAAUAAAGAAGAGAAGGCUGCAACAGACCCAGAUAAAGAAGAGAAGACUGCAACAGAUAAUAAUGAAGAAAAGGCUUCAACAGACCAUAAUGAAGAGAAGGCUGCAACUGAGGUGGAAGGUGAGACUUCCAAAGUCACGGAUAAUCCUGUUUGUGACUGGUUGGAGCCACUUGAUGAAGACUGUGAAGAUGUUGAUAACCAGAGCUUCGACCGGGAUGGAACUGGAGAUGCAGAACUGGAAAGCCUUGCUGGAAGUGAAUGGAGUGUGACAAGCAGUAGGAGAAACUUGGGGGAAAGAGGGGGCAGAGGUGGUGGAGUGAAAAGAAGGAGAAGAGCAGAGGACGAUGAAGACUGGGAGGAUUGCCCUCUUUUAGGUCAAGGAUGGAAACGCAAGCAGGUCUUCCGUCGAUCGGGCACAAGUGAAGGGCGCAGUGACACGUACUAUAGGAGCCCAGGCGGUCAAAAAGUGAGAAGUAAGGUUGAGCUUAUGAAAUACUUGGAUGAAUCCAAGGAUCUCAGCAAUUUUGAUUUCAAAACAGGACAGCUGCUUGUUGGUGGGGCUCGAAAAAGAGUAAAGAGGUUGAAUCCAAAUCCAAGCCAACUGGAUCCAAAUACCAAAAGUGGAACCCCACCGAAAAGUAUUCCCCAUACAAAUCCUGUGACGGACACCACUCUCCCAACCCUCACCACUCAUAACGAGCCGACUGCAAUUUCUGUGGAUCCACCUGCUCCACCCCCAAUGGAGUCAAUGUCUGGCACCUCAGAUGGCCUUGUCAAUGGCAAUGGUGUAACAUCACAACCUUUGCUUGGCUCCUGCCAGAGAUGCAAUAAAACCAUUUCAGUUGAUGAGGGACAAACAAUAUGCCAGAACUGCAGAAAAGAAUUGAAUGCAUCCAUCGAUAGGCGUCGGAAACUCAACAAAAAGUGGCUUCCUUGUGGCCGAUGCCGAGCUUGCCAGCUUACAGUGGACUGUGGAAAAUGUGUUAAUUGCAAAAAUGGUCGGCUAAAUGCCCGUUCCCGAAAAGUACUUAAAUGUCGCAAACGGAAGUGUAUGUGGCCAAUCCGCAAUGACCGAUUAGCAAAGGUUUUUCCACCGACAUCACAUGAGCAUCCUUCAAACUCUACUGCCUUUGAAAUAAAGCCAAGUUAUUCUAAACCACCAAUUUCAGAAAUUGAGGAAUCACAGACAUCGUUCAUGCAGUACAGUGAUUCAGAAGAUCUGCCUGUGUUUCUUGGUAAUGAUGGUGACAAUGGCAUGGAUGAGUUUGGCUCAGGAAAGGUGCGUCGCCGGUCCUGCGGGAGAUGCAGAGGUUGCAUUCGUAGAACAGACUGUGGGACAUGUGACUUUUGCAUGGACAAACCCAAGUUUGGAGGCAGAAAUAAAAAAAGACAGAAAUGCCGCCUACGACAGUGCCAAAGAGAGGCUAUGAAACACUUGCUGCCCAUGGAUGAGAGUCAGGGGCAGAUGCUCAUACCUCAGGACUGGUUUAAUCGAGGUAGACGGAGGACACGCGGCAGACCCAGAAGUAGAAAGUUGUGGGAUUUUGAGGAUAAUGGCGCGGAACAGUUUGCGAGACCAAAAGCGUCUGCCUAUAUGGCCAAUAGGAACAGACUCAUUCCCCCCAAUUACAGGAGAAAGGCUUUCAAUUAUCCUGGCUUUCCAAACAGUCAUAUUCUGAACAACAUUCCACUCUACAGUUCGCAAAAUGUUGAGAUUAGCACGCAGCUGCAUAUAGGAAGUGCUGAAAUGAUGCAAGGAAGUGGGUUUCAGGACAGUGGCAUCAGUAGCAGAGCCCUUCUGUCUGUUAGACCAGAUUUUCAGCACAGAGUUUAUCCUGCACCGAGAUCCACAAGUUCGUCAUUUCUACCAAGUUAUGUUGAGGAAAGCUUUAGGCAGGAGAAACAAAGUUCUCCAAAUCAGGAAGUAUAUCAGGAAGAGCAAGAUGGCGAUUCUUCCCCAUCAAUCACUCAGAUAUUUAGCAUGGCCGACAGCACUACCAAAAGCAUUGAUCCUGACCAUGAACUGAUGCCGCUCCUGAAGUCUCUUCAUAGCAUGGUACUUCCUGUCCUUUGGUUUUGCAUUGUGGCAGAUGGGCCACAAUUACAGCUAGUGCAGUGCUCCAAGCGUUCCGCGAUGGCGGACACCGUUGUUAUUAUUGAGCCUGGCUUUCAAUACUACAUUAGUGUCCAGGGACAGCCACUCCUGCCCACACACAAACUCUAUGACAUCCACCCAACUCGUCUCACCACAACAACAGAGAUCGUUGCCCUGUUGGAGGACCUGGAAAGGCACACCGUCUGCCAGGGUUUCGAGAACAAACGUUCGCCACCUGGACCAGAGCCUGUGCUUCCCGAGCGGGCUGCGACAUGUGACUUCCUAAUUUUACCGGAGUCAGAACGUUGCCCAAAAUGCUCUGCAAAAAUUCCACCGCAGACAUAGAGUGAAUGUUCAACUUGGUCUUCUAGUAAUAUUCUUCCUGUUUAUUCAGUUUUGACCAUUUCGAUCCCCUUGCAAGAUUGAGUUUUUACUUUAAUAUUUAUGUUGAAUUACCUUAAAUUUUUUUCUGGAGGGAUUCCACCAUUGCAUUGAAUGCAAAGUCACAAGAAUUGAAUAAUGCGUAAAAUGGUACAACAUGAUCCAUGUUAUCUUUUCUAAUUCUCACUCCGUUACAUGUGAUUUAAAGUGAACUUGCCAUUGCUCUAUCAUUUCAAAUUGUUACUAUGCUGACCACAAUUUGAAAGGGACGAAUUGACAAGCUUUUUUGGUUUAACGUUUAGCAUUUCUGUACGUUUAAUUUUUACACCAAUGAUCUUUAUACAUGUUUAAAGUUGUUAUGAUUAUGUACUUCUCAGGGGGGAUUUUUCAGAAUGGAUGAAUCAGAUGGAAGAUCCGUAUUUGUUAAAAGAUUUAUUAUGUUUACUGUGUGAUAUGGUAUGAGGCUGCUCUCUGUUUUGGAUGGACAAUUUUUGUACAUAUUAAAAAAAAAUUAUGGCUGGUAGUCUAGAUCAACAAUAGUGAUUUUUUUUUCUUGUUUGGUUUUUAUUUUCAGAAUUUGUUUUCUCUGUUACAAAACACUUUGAAUUAUCUUAAUUAACUUUGUAUGAUUUUUCAUAGG